AUGGCGCAACGCCUGGGGUUAAUAUUGGGAUCUGCAACAGUUCCACGAGACGAGAACCCAAAUCGCAUACGGUACGCCUCUGAACAAUCGAGACUCGAAAGUUUUGUCGGCUGGGCAGGCCCUCCAGAGUUACCUCGAAAGAUGGCCGCCGCGGGAUUAUUUUACCUCGGCAUCGGGGAUCAAGUUAGAUGUCAUGAGUGCGGAUCGCGGUUCGGUCUAUGGGAAGAAGGCGAAGAUCCAGCGGCCAGUCACUAUCGCUGGCAGCCUAAUUGUCGGUUUAUUCAGAACAUACCGGGAAUAGAGGCAACACUCACUAGACCCUUCGGUCCGAACGGGUAUCGUAGUUCGCUUAUGCAGGGAGAUCAUUAUAUUAUUCCCGACGUACCCGAACCUCGGGACCCAACCGUGGUCCCUCAAUCCUUGUUACUCGGACGUUUGAACUUGAGUAAACCACGAGCACCUAUGCAUACCGAAUAUGCCGUCUAUGACCGGAGGUUAGAGAGUUUCCACGACUGGCCUACGUCUAGCCCUCAAGGUAAAAAGGGGCUAGCCAAGGCUGGAUUUUGGUAUUCUGGUCAUAAGGAUUAA